AUGAGAGCUAUACAAUGCGAACUGGCUUCUUCGACUACAAAAGAAACUAAAAUAACUGAAGUGGCCAAUAUUUUCCCAACGACUCUCGAGCCUACAUCGGUGCUGUCUGACACGAUCCAAUUCGUCGAGAAGGUUUUUAAUAUUUCUGCAACCAUGGAGGAAACUAUAAAAGUAAUAAACAAUGAAUUUUCCUCAAGGUUGGGUGUUGGGUCGCGAACUUAUUACGUCAAUGCCGAUGAUGCACUGCUUUGUGACCCCAUUAAUCACAGUGCCGCUCCACUGAAUGAUACUACCGCUGUGGGCAGGAGUGCCAGUAUAAUGAGUCCCUAUGAACUUGAUAGUACUAUAUACCUACCGCUGGUUGUCGAUGGUGCUCUGGUUGGGUGUAUUGAAUCUCCUGAAGGUUGUCUAAAGAGUAUUGAUAUUUCAUCCAUGGCAUCUAUGCUACGCAUUGCAGCAGCAGCUCUCCGCAAUGCCAUUCAAGCGAGUCGACUACAAUGGGAAACCCAAAAAGCUGAAGCAAUGGUAGCCAUGGCGACACGUCUCGCUCGCGACACUCUGGAUGAAACUGUGUUGGUCCAGUCGAUCAUGAGCACAGCGAAGGAACUGACUGAGAGCGAUCGCUGCAGUGUGUUUCUAGUUAAGGAAGAUGGCACGCUGGAGGCACACUUUGAGGAUGGGAGUAUCGUUGGCAUGCCAGCCGAUGCUGGUAUCGCUGGAUAUGUCGCACGGACUGGAAGUACUGUUAACAUCCCAGAUGCAUAUAAAGACAAUCGCUUUAAUCGUCAGGUUGACAAAUCGACUGGCUAUCACACCAAAACGAUCCUUUGCUUACCAAUCAUGCAUGAAGGCUCCAUCGUGGCGGUAGCACAACUCAUCAAUAAGUUGGAUUUUGUGACGGACAGUGGACUGCAUUUACAACGUACCUUUGUUCAGCGCGACGAAGAGUUGUUUGAAACGUUUUCUAUGUUUGCAGCUGCCUCACUACGCAAUUGUCGUACCAAUGAGAACUUAUUGAAGGAAACUAAGAAAAUUGAAGUUAUCCUCGAUGUUGUGACGCUUCUGUCGAACACGGACAUUCGGGAUGUGGACAGCAUUGUGCAACAUGUGCUGCAUGGUGCGAAGCAGUUGCUGAGUGCGGAUCGUUCUUCACUGUUUCUACUGGAUAAAGAGCGCAAUGAGUUGUACAGUCGUAUGGCGGACAGUGUGAGCGGCGGUGAGAUUCGUUUUCAAUGGGGCAGGGUAUCGCGGGUAAGGUAG